CGACAGUACGCAUGCUCACAGCCUCACUGUCCCAAGAAGAGGCGGUACCGUCCACCCACUGCUCUUAAACUUCUGCGAAGGUGUCCGCUCCUCCCAGAAGGCGGUGCGGGAAGCCAGGGCGAGCCACGCAGAGGCUUAUGGGGCGGGUAGCUUCUCUCCCGAUGGAAACUCAUGAAGCUGGGUGGGCGGGGGACUCCAUAUCCCAGCAUGCCUCGCGGCAGGCCCUACCGGCCGCGACUCCGGGCUUGGCCCCGGCCCUAGCUCGUCGGCGGUGUAUUGGGGCGCGCGGAGGCUGUAGUCACGGUGGCGCCCGCGGGGACGGAGGAGGGAAUGAGUGAAGAGGAGCAGGGCUCCGGCACUACCACGGGCUGCGGGCUGCCCAGUAUAGAGCAAAUGCUGGCCGCCAAUCCGGGCAAGACCCCGAUCAGCCUUCUGCAGGAGUAUGGGACCAGAAUAGGGAAGACUCCCGUGUACGACCUUCUCAAAGCCGAGGGCCAAGCCCACCAGCCUAAUUUCACCUUCCGGGUCACCGUUGGCGACACCAGCUGCACUGGUCAGGGCCCCAGCAAGAAGGCAGCCAAGCACAAGGCAGCUGAGGUGGCCCUCAAACACCUCAAAGGGGGGAGCAUGCUGGAGCCAGCCCUGGAGGACAGCAGUUCUUUUUCUCCCCCAGACUCUUCACUGCUUGAGGACGCUCCAGUUUUUACUGCUGUGGCAGUUGCUGCUCCUGUUCCAUCUGCUGUCCUAAAGAGGUGUCCCCCAGUGGAGAUGCAGCCCCCUGUCUCUCCUCAGCAGUCUGAGUGCAACCCUGUUGGUGCUCUGCAGGAGCUGGUGGUGCAGAAGGGCUGGCGGUUACCAGAAUACACCGUGACCCAGGAGUCUGGACCAGCCCACCGCAAAGAGUUCACCAUGACCUGCAGAGUGGAGCGUUUCAUUGAGAUUGGCAGUGGCACUUCCAAAAAGCUGGCAAAACGUAACGCGGCGGCUAAGAUGCUGCUUCGAGUACACACAGUGCCUCUGGAUGCCCGGGAUGGCAAUGAGGUGGAGCCUGAUGACGAUCACUUCUCCAUCGGUGUGGGCUCCCGCCUGGAUGGACUUCGGAGCCGGGGCCCAGGCUGCACGUGGGAUUCUCUGCGAAAUUCAGAGGGAGAGAAGAUCCUGCACCUUCGCAGUUGCUCUCCGGGCUCCCUAGGUGCUCUGGGCUCUGCCAGCUGCAGCAUCCUCAGUGAGCUCUCAGAGGAGCAAGCCUUCCAUGUCAGCUACCUGGAUAUUGAGGAGCUGAGCGUGAGUGGGCUCUGCCAGUGCCUAGUGGAACUUUCCACCCAGCCAGCCACUGUGUGUCACGGCUCUGCGACCACUAGGGAGGAAGCUCGAGGAAGCUGUUGUGACCAGCAAGUGACCGAAUGCAGUAUUCAGUGUUCCAUCUCCCACAAAGCAGGCACCCAGCACCCUGCUGCUUCUCUCCUCAUAUCCCUGAGUACCGGUCACGAGGGGUCUGUGCAGAAGCUGCGUUCAGAGAGCAACUUCUUUUCUCACCCUUUCCUGGACUCUGUGUGCUCCUGACAACACAGUGAAGGCCACCAUUGUCAUUCCCAUAACUAAAGGAAGUUCUGGCUAUUUAUCACAGUUGUCUACCAAACACCAGCCAUAAACAGCUUACAUCAGUUGUCUCCUAUGGGAAACCUCAGAGGUACCUACUCUCUCUUUUGUCAAGUGCUUCAGCCUGGCCUUAUCUUUACUUUUGAUGGUAAUUAUAAAGGAACAUCCAGAAGGAAUUGUUAGUGAUUCCCCUAGACCUCUCCUAACUUUCCCAGUUGCUAAGCUUCACCCAUUUUUUUGUGAGUACUUACCUGCAUGUCAACAAACUGCCCUUCACUUCCAAAACAACCUCUUGUUCCCUGCAGAAAGCUCCCCUUUCUGUGUGUGCACUCCCUAGUUGUGCUGUAAACUUCUUGAGGGUAGAGCUUUUUAUUUUUUCCCAGUUGUUGGGAGGGUGUGGGGACAAAACACUGAAAGAUAAAGAAGUGCUUGUCUUCCGACACCUGCACUCCUACCCUCACUAUGCUGUCUAGUGUGUGUCCCCAACAAGAGGGGUGCUGGUCCCCAGGGCAGUUCACAGAUCAGAACUGUGCCUGCUGUUAAUGAUGUGUAAUUCAUGUAAGUCACCCACCUUUUGUAGGCUGUCUUCCCUCUGUGGAAAGGGACAAGAAUCCCUGUUUCCUCUGCCCUAAGAGUGGGACAGUGAGGAAGCUCACAUAUGUGAAAGGCCAGUGAGUCCCCACAAGAGUGGCCAUGGGAACUGUGGGUCAGAGUAGUGAAGCUUCAGACAAACCAGUGGUUCUCUUGAUAGUUUAAUGUUACAUUUGCAGCAUAAAUAAGGCACAAUAUAUGUCAAGGUUGGCAAGGGAGGAAGGGAGGGAGAAGGCGUGGCUGCAGGGAUAACUGCUAAGUGGCAAGGGAGAAGGAAGGAAGGCCCUUAGGGAGAAGAGCGCAAAGCCCCUGCCUCAGCCCGCCCAAGAGGUUGUGAGAGCCUGCUCACAGGGGUCAUGCUGACUGGGGGGCAGCAAGGGGGAUGCUGGGCUUGUAACAAAAGAGCCUGUAGCACUGUGUCCUUCCACCUGUCAGGAUCCAUCACUGGAGCCCAGUGAGACCAGGGCAUGUGGAGUUCCUUGAGAUGGAGAGGUGUUGCUACAUGUCAAAAAUAUAUAGAUGAACAGAAAUAUAAUCAGAGAUACACACUGCUUUCUUCUUCACAGAUAAUAUAUGAGGAUGCAGCAGCCUCCACUAGGGGCUGGAGGCUUAUCUCCUCCCUGCCUGUAAGGGUGUGUGUGUGUGUGUGUGUGUCUGUCUGUGUAAUGGGGCAGCCAAAGCUCCGGCUGGCCCUUAAUGUAACCAAGGCAUGAGUGACCAGUCUACAGGGGAAUAAGAAGAACUGUCCAGACUGACACAGGGACAAGUUUUAGAGGUAAGACUAGAAGGAAGACAAAUCUAGAAUUUGAGAUGAGUGAUGUGGUUGUUUUAAUGGUGUGAAGGGAGGGACUGGAAGAAAUGGAAAAAUAUAUUAGUCUUAAGGCAGAGAAUUGUAUUUAAAGAAUCCUCAACUCCUUGUAAGAUCCCAGCUUGUCCCUAAGGCAGUGGUUUACAAAAAUUAGUGUGCAUUAGAAGCACUUGGAGUGCUUGUUAAAACCCACCCCCAAUAUUUGUGAUUCAGGAGGUCUGGUAUGGGCUGAGAAUGUGCAUUUCUAGCAAGCUCCUGGUGAUUCUGCUCUGCUGGUGGUCCUGGACCAUUUUCUGAGAACUGCUGCCCUAAGGUAAAGUCAAUGACACUAGUGCUCACAGCCACUUACAGCUAAAACACCAGUUACCAGUAGCUGGGGUGAGAUAUCUCUGUGCUGUCACCCCCACCCCCAUUAACACAAUAAGUCUUAGUAGCUACAGUACAUACUUGCAUCUACAAAGGACAUAAGCUGCCUUAACCUGUCCGCCCUCCCCAGCCUUUUCUCAUCUUGAGGUAGGAUUUUACCCCAAAAAAGAAUUCAACUGGUGCAGAGGGUGGGAAUGUUGGCCAGCAGUCACCUAUGAUCAUGCCUGCUGGGUCACCACCUGGGGUGGGGAUUUAUGUCUAUGCACAGCCAUCUGUGCAGAUAGAAUUCAGUUCUGUGCUUGCAAAAGGGUGAAGGCUUAAAGAAGCUGUAGUGGGGCGUGGGGAAUCCUCACCUGUCCUGUUCUUCCACACCUCCCACCCGGGUCAAACAUAAGUCUAAAGAAAGCAGAAAGAGCAUAUCAACAAAAGGCAUAUAUGAUACAGCUAGGAGGACUGAAAUCUAAACAGACUGGUUAUGAAAUUUUUUUAAAAAAGUAACAUACUUCCUCCCUGUGUAUACAAUGUAUAAUAUUAAUGGGAAAUGAUUCAGUGUGGAAAAAGUUACGAAAGGGAGAUGUUUUGGUGGGGAGAGCUAUCUCAUGGGCUAGCACCUGUAAGGAGCCUCUCCCUGUGGAGUAAGGGACCCUCAGAGACCAGAGGAAGGAUUUUUUGGUGUUUCGUGGUUCCCAGCUACUGAGAAUCACUCCAUCUCUGGGGAUAGGAUGGUGGCACUGGGACAGCAGGUCCUCAGGGAGACAGGCCAAUCAGAAAAGAAGCUGAGAGCCACAAAACGGAUAGGGAAGGCGGAUGUGAAGAUGAGUUUCAGUUGGCCCAGCUCCUCUUUAACAAAUCCCUGUAUAUGAUCUAGUGCUUAAGGCCAAGGAGAGUAGUAGACGUGGGAGGAAGCUGGAUUUGGGGUAUCCAACAGGAAAGAAUGAGUAAAGAAGCUGUAGUCUUUCUAACCCUCCCUAAAAGGGUUUCUCAGCCUUUUCAGGUCUAUGCAAGCUCUCUCUUAAGGGAGUGGGGCAGUGGCACUUGGAAGAGUCCCAACAUAGCCACACUCAGCUCCUUUCUAAAAGGGUCCUCCUGGACGGGAAUGAGCUCAGUGGUGCCACCACCUGCCUCGCAAGCGCAAGGUCUUGAGUUCGAUCCCUGGUAAUCCCCACCCCCCAAAAAAGACUCCAGGAAGCCCAAGGUCCUUGAGAGGGACUAAAUGACACCCUGUACAAUAUCUGGAAGGAAAGAUCAGAGGAGAGUGUCCAUGUAGCUGGCAGCAAUAACAAGGUAAGUGAUGUUCUUAACUAAAAGUGAGGCUUCAGAGUGAGCAACUGCUGCUGUCAGUGAGACCCAAGAGCACCUACAGACCACCCUGGGGUUGUCUUGUACCAUCUUCAUUUCAGUGCUGCUAGGGUUCUAACAAUGGCUCUCAUUUAAAUCCAGUACUAACUUGCCGCUGAUAAAAAUGAAAUUAAAAAGAGAAUUAUGUAUGGGGGCCAGGAAACUUAAAAAAUACCUCUACAAAGAUUAGCUGUCCAACACAGGAAGAGACUGGCAGGGUAUGUGUGCAGUGACAAGCUGAUUACUACCUUUAAAAACACUUGCAAGGGGAAGAAAGUGUCUAAUGAAGAAAGCUCCUUAGGAGCCAUAAACUUAGUUAUGCUAUAGGGCAAGGCUGCUAGUGGGAAAUUAGGACAAUGAGAAAUGAAACAAGACUCAAAAACGGGGGAAAAAAAAAAUCCCUGGGAGCAGCCAUCUGAAGAAGUCCUGAGCACAAGUUACGGAUGUGACUGUUUCAAGGCAAGCAAAGUCCCUGGUGGUGGGACUGCAUUCUGACCAUCUGCCAUGCCAUUUGCUAGUCAGAUCACCUCAGGGCUGUUCCUGUUGGGUCCCUGGUGGUAGGGGACAAGAAAACCAUGUUUUCUGUCCUUCGUCUUCACCAGGUGUGGCUUGUUCAGCACCACCUCUGAAGAGCAGGAGAAAUUUAAAACAAAUGCAGCAAAACACAUCACCUAACUGGCUCACCAGUAUAUCAUUCUAAGGAGAUGGGAAUCUUGUGGCUUAGAAUAAAUUUUCUCAUUCCCCCAUGAUAGCCAGUUUUGGAAGACAAAAUAAGAAAGGAAGCUGGCAGUUACUUCAUAUGUGUUUCAGAUGGAGGCAGGAGAGAUGGACAAAAGGACAUUCUUGGCUUUGGAAGAUAACAGCAGGUGGCCCUGGUAUGAUUGGAAGGACUUCAUACUGAGGGGUUAUUAAAGCUGACAUCUAUCCACAGGCCUCUGGCUUUGGAUUGCUUCCUCUUGCCCUAGUAAAAACUGCAUAGUUUAGAGCCAAGGGAAAAAAGAGAAGGGGAAUGAAUUUCUCCCCUUGAACCCAACUCCACAGAAAGAAUGGCUGAGAGCCACAGUCUACAAUUUCCUAGACAGGCCAGCCUUGGGCUUCCCUGCUGAGAUUAGUACUGCACCUUCGCUCUCCCUCCCCUCCUUCCACCUGGUCUUAUACACAAGAAAAGACACUCAGAACCCUGGCCACUAUAGUUUUGGAGCUUUUAGGGGGAAGUACGUAUUGCACUUUGGGGGCAGAACAGAAAUGAAGGAGCUGUGCGGGGCCAGGAAAACCUAAUAUGUAUACUAGGAAAGUAGGAAGAAAAAGUAGUCUAGAAGGGAUGGGCACUGGUGAAUCCAGGAUAUGGCUCAGAAAAGACACGUGAUGCUGAGGGAGGACUAGCAAGAGAAUGUGAGAGUACCCCGUGUGACAGUCUCCAGGAAGACUGACUGAACUAGUUAAAGCAGAUGGAGAGAGGCAGAAACAUGGACAGGAAAUGAAAAGAGAGGCAGUAGCACAAAGAUGACCAGAGAAGACAAUAUGCCUAACUUUGGCCCGUAAACUCUUGAGAAACAAAAGAAUCAGUUAAUCCAGUAACCUGAUGGAACAAAAUCCCAUUGUUCCUGUCUGCCCUGAUGAUUACAAGUGAAGAAGGACGGUAUCACUAGUCAGAUCCCUGCCUAGUUUACUUUUCACUGCCAAGUGAUACUUAACAAGGCCACAAAAUGAGGUUGCCAAGGCUUAGUGGAGAUGUGAGAAAAACCUCACCACUAGACCAGGGAAAGUCAAGUUAAGAGACAAAAUGAGGUACCCAGAUAGCUCUGUAAAUGAAAAAGGACUAGAACUUGGGGUUUUGCUUGUUUCCUUUUGCCUUGCCUGUUUUUCUCUUUCAUUUUUUUCAGUGGCAGGUAGGGAGAAGGAAUAAAGCUUAUGGAAGAGCUGGAAAAAUACUGCUAUUUCAUAUAUCAAAAGUAACCUUAUAUUCUCCAUAAGUGAAUGUUUUAACUAGAAUUUGGAAAGGGGGGAAAGGGGAUAAAUUAAUAGCAACUGGGAGACAAAGUCCUGAGUCCAAGCGGGGAGGUAGGGAUGGGAGAGUGGGUGAUCUGCCAUCAAAUGGAGCCUUCCUCUGUCUAGCAGGAAGUGACAUGCUGGUAAGGA